AUGUGGAAAAGACACUUAUUCUAUGUCUGAGUCUGGAUAUUUAGCAUUGAACAUACAGGAAAUUUCUGAAAUAUAAAACUUCUAUAUUCUAUAAAGAAGACUGAAUUGUGGACUUUUAAAAUCCUUUUUUAACAUAGUGCACAUUUUUGAAAAUUGUGACAAACUGCGUGAGUACAGAAGGAAGAAUUGUUCAUUUAAAGUAAUUAUUUCAAAAAGGAGUAAGAGGUUAAAACAGAAAAGUAAAAAAAAGAAAAGAAGAAUGGUGUGACACAUUAUACAUCUGGAAAAGGGAACAACUUUACAUUUUAUUUGGAAUUAGAAAAAUAAGGUUCACAAUGAAGAAAGCCAGCGUGAUUGUAAUUUUCUGUCUGCGUUUUAUUUUCCCAGAAUUUAAGAUCUAUCCAGGCUUUCCUCCUGCAACUGCUGCAACUGCUGCAACAACUUUAUAUUAUGGAGAACUUAUAGUGGAAGGAGAGGCAGCUGUUAAUAUUAGUAACUACCUGGUAUUCAGUGCAUACCCCAUGAAGCUGAAUGAAAGUAUAUCUAUAGAAAGCAUCAACAUCACAACAGAUUGCACCAUCUAUGGAAGCAUUUUAUCUUGUAGAUGUAUGCCAGGUUUCAUUUGGAGGGGCCCUAUGUGCCAGACACAGCAACAAUGCUGUUCUUUACAGUCAACCUGCAAUUUUUCAACAUCUGACACACCAUCAUGUCUACCAAAAAACACAGUGACUAUGGUUGGAUCUCUGACUUUAAAUGAAAACUUCGUAACAGAUUAUGACAACCCAACUUCACCUGUUUAUCAGAAUACAUCAAAGGCUAUAAUACAAAAGCUCACUGCCGUUUUUAGUAACAUGAAUGGCUUUGAAUGUGUGAAUUUCACUGGGUUUCGGAGAGGAAGUGUAAUUGCUGACUUUACUGUAUACGUAAGUGGAUACCUUAACACUUCGCAGCUUCAGACAUUGGUUUCACAAGCAGGAUCUUCAUUAAAUGGCAUUAUAGCCAUAAUCACAACAGGUUUUGUGUCUAUGAAAAUUCCUAACACUCCAUUGAAAUAUAAUUCAACGGGUACACUAGUUUGUUCCAUUGAAAGUGAUUUUGAUAUUUCCAAAUGGGAAAUAAGCAUAGAUCAAAAUGUACGGGAAAUUUUAACUGGUUCAGAGUGUACCGUUUCUUCCACUAGCAAUUCAACAACACUCAAUUUACUAAGAGCCAACCAGGCCUGGAGAGGAAAUUAUACUUGCACCUUUACAAAAGGAUUAAUUAUUCACAAAGCAAGUGCAUUUAUUGAUAUAGCACUUCUACCAGAUAAAAUCAAUAUGACUGUAACGCCAAGUUAUCCGGACUGCAGUGGACCUUCUUCUGUAAACUUUAAUGUAAACUGCUCUAUACAAGAGUCAACUGAAAACUAUACAGUAACAUGGAACAGUGAUGGAUCAGUAUAUAACACGUCCAGUAGUCAAGGUCAAAUCUAUGGAUUACAACAAAACAUAUCGUGCAAUGGAACUUCAACACCUUUGGUGACAUGUACAUUUCGAAACAGAUUAGGUGAUACUAUCCCUCAAAGUAUCAAUGUUCCAGUUAUUUAUAAAAGUGAUAAAAAAUGUCCAGUGAGCCCCCCAUGCCCUGAAGGGAAGGACAAUACAAAUACAGUUGUGUCUUGCGAUACUGGAAAAGUGGGACAAAAAACAUGCAAUUGUGCAAAUGGAAAUUGGAAAGUUGUAGAUAAUUGUGUCAACCAAGAAUUACAAAAUAUCCUUGAUACUGUUCUGGAUUUUAAAAAAGGUAUUGGAAACCCUGAACAAAUGGCUGGACAAUUACUGCAAAAAUUUACUAACGUUACCAUGACUACUUCUUCAAUCAAUUCCGCAGCAGACAUUUCUGCAUCUGUUAAAUUCCUGGAAACCUUAACUACUACUGCACAAAAUGCUAAUGCUUCAUUUGGUUCUGGCGUUUUUAAGUUGUUCAUAAAUUCAACAAGCAAUAUUUUAAAUACAAACCUUACAGGCUCCUGGAAAUCUACGCAGGAUUCAAAUCAAUCAGUAACACUUUUGCAGUCUCUGGAAACAUUUACAAAAAUGAUAUACUUGGAAAAUGAUACUAUUACCUCCUCUUUCCCAAAUAUCGAUUUGAAAGGAUAUCGCGUGAAAGUAAAUCCGGUCAAUUUAACAUUUGAUGAAGUCAAUGUGACAGUCUCAAUACAGCCAACAAAUGCUCAAGUUAUUACUAUAAAAUAUAACACAAUGGGUUCAUUUCUCCCCAUUAACAAUAGCAAUGUUAAUGUCAACAGUGUGGUGCAAACAACUACAAUUUUAAAUGCAUCAGAAGUGAAAACAAUUGACAUGAGAUUUCUUCUGAAAAACAAAUAUAGAAGAAAGAACAAAUUAGUCUGCGUAUUUUGGGAUUUCAUUACUGAAGGUUGGUCAACUGAAGGAUGCCAGAUCAUAACAUCAUCAUCAACUACAGUAAACUGCUCUUGUAGUCACACAACCUCCUUUUCAGUGCUUAUGUCAGGAGAGCCGGUCGACCUGCCCUUCCUUAAUGAAAUAACCUACGUUGGAUUGGGCAUUUCGAUUUGCUCCCUCAUAGUCUGUCUUGCCAUUGAGAGUUUGGUCUGGAGUUCAGUUGUUAAAUCGAACAUCUCUCAUUUCCGGCACACCGCCCUGGUUAACAUUGCAUUCUCUUUGCUAAUUGGCGACUGUUGUUUUGUAGCGGCCACAUUCCAUGAUAAGAUCACAAAUGCUUUGUGUCUGGCUCUCACCCUAGUACAGCAUUUUGCCUAUUUAUCCAUGUUUUUUUGGAUGCUUUGCCAAAGCAUGAUGCUUCUCCAUCAAAUCAUUUUCCUUUUUCAUCAACUAAGAAAGAAGAUCUACAUGGCCAUUUCCUUUCUCUUGGGUUAUGGUGCACCUGUAACAAUUGUUGCUGUUUCAUAUGGGAUGUAUAAUAAUCAAUACUACAGAACAGAUAUCUGCUGGCUAAAAUAUAAAGAUGACCUUACUGGGUCCAUCUUCACAUUUGCCAUUCCUGCUGGAUCCAUUGUCAUUAUUAACAUCUUUUCCUUAUUUGUGGUUAUUGCAAAAAUACUGAGGCCUGCUGUUUCGGACAGUACCAAAUCAAAUGAUAAAGAAACCAUAAAAGGUAUUCUUAAAGCGAUCAUCAUACUGACUCCCACGUUUGGGUUGACAUGGGGUUUGGGAUUCUUCACCAUGGCAUAUGAUAUUAGCAGCAACAUUGAGUAUAAAAUUGCCAAUUAUGCAUUCACCAUUUUAAAUUCACUGCAGGGGCUAUUUAUUCUCCUGUGCGGAAUUUGUACAGAAAAAAAGGUUAGAGAAACCUUGCUAAAACUUGUGAACUCUAUGUAUGCUCAGACAACAACAUCGGAAAGUACAACUAAUUUAAAAGCAACCUCGUCUUUUUCGGAUAAGUGACCUCAAUUGAACAGAUUACCAACUGAAGUUCUCUCCCUGGAAACCUGUGAAAGUAUAUCUGAACCUUCAGAGGCUGCCACAUUGUAUUUUAAGUUAUAUAUGUAUAUGAUGAUAUAUAUAUUCAGUCUAAAUAAACGCAUGUAUCCUAUAUGCUAAUAUAUUUAAUAUAUUUUGUUUUUGGCUUAAGAUUUUGAAUUUUUUUUAAAAAGUAUGAAACUAAAUUCUUGUCAUUUGUAGUCAUUAAUUCUUGUCAAAAGUCAUUAUAUUCUGACAGCAUGUUUUAUUAAAAUCAUUUUAGUAAAACUGCAAAAAUCAGGAUAGUUACUCAUGGAUAUUACAUAAACGUCAUACGUGUACAUAUGGUGAUGGUGAAAAAAUAGUAGCACCUAGAAGCAGAGCUUUCCUAGCUGAGCAUAAAAAUUAGAGGAUUAAUUUUGUGACAUCUCUCAAGCCUGUCACAAAGGGAAUGCUAAAAUUUUGAAUUGCUAUAAAAACAAGGAAUUUGUGCACAUAUACAGUAGAACCUCUGGUCACGAACGUUUCCGAACACGUACAAAUCAGGUUACGAUCAAAGAGUUUGCCAAAAUUUAGCAUCUGUUCAUGACCACAUGUUCUGGUGACGAACAAAAACACUGGUGGCCACUUUCCCUACGUGCGUUGGUACUCGCCAAUGGUUUCCCAUUUUCUUUUGUUUGCGUAUACAGGGCCUAACAAAGCAGCUGAUGUUACAAAAGGAGUUACAAAGUUAACCAAGCAGAAGUCUCAAGUGCUGGAAGAGGUGACAAAACUGGUGCUAGUGUGGCUGAACGAGAAACAACUUGCAGGGGAUAGUGUAAGCGAGCUGAUCAUAGCAGAGAAAGCCAGGAAAAUUCAUGGUGAUUUGCUGAAAAAAAAAUCCUUCUUCAAUUGGCGAAGGUGAGGAGUUUAAAGCCAGUAGAGGAUGGUUU